CAGUCUGUUCGUGUGCAGUUCCGCGGCGGGGGCCUGACGCUGGAAUGCGAAACUACAAGUUAUUUAGCCAAAACAACAAUAUUGACAAAUCUCGGCUCGGCAUUUCGGAAAUAUCUCAGCUCUCCUCGGGACUCAGGUAUGAUCUGAGCCACGAGGGAGACUCUUAACAUAUGGGGAUGAGACGAGAUCGGGUAUUUCCGCAAUUGCAGCUUUGGGCUCGUUGACUCUCUGUGUAGGCUCAGGAUGGCGCAGGGAGGCUCUCAGCUCGACUACCACAUCCUGCAGGACCUCAAGCAGCGUUUCCCUGAGAUCCCAGAGGGGGUAGUGUCACAGUGCCUUCUGCAGAACAACAACAACCUGGAUCUCUGCUGCCACCUGCUGGCUCAGGAGAGUAAUAGAUACCUGUAUGGAGAGUUCCACCACAGUCCAGAGGAGGGACGACUGAGCCGAAACCACAUGCUACACAUUAGCCUGGGCUACCCAGGCUCAGAGGCAAGCAAGGCAAAUGGAGGAGCAGCAGGAGUAGGCCGCUCCCUAGUUCACAGCACUAGUGACAGUCAUAUCGAACCCCAGCGGCCCAGCUACCCUGAGCCACUGUCAGCCCCUGCCACCAUGGCCCCUUCCCCGGGUUACAAUCCUUUCUUCAUGAACGAUCAGAGCAGGUCGGCCAGCACUCCCACUCCUCCACCCACAAUACAGGGCAUGUCUCCCACUUACUCCCCUGUCCAACGUUACACUAUGAACCCAAUAACAGUCACACUUUCACAAAGUAUACCCAAUGUCCCACAGGCUUUGCAGAUCCCUCCUGGGCACUAUGCUAACAACACCAACACAACCCUGUAUAUUCGACCCUCACCCUCCCAGAGCCCACAGCCAGCACCCUGGUCCUCUUCAGGGGCGUCUGUCUAUCAGCAUCAGCAAUCCCCCUACAGUACUCCCACAUAUGGCUCUCCUUACAGCUCCCCACAGCAUCAGGUCCAGCCACAGCCCCAACCACAGCCGCAGCCACAACCCCAGCACCAGCAAUAUGUCUUCCUCCCUAUUAGCUCCCCAACCCUUCCCAGCAUGCCCUACCAUCACCAGCAACAACCCCAGCAGCAGCCAGCUGUUUACAGGCCCUACCACACAAAAAGCUCGCUCAAGAACCAGAUAGAGAUUACCUUGGAGGGUCCACGACCACGCAGCAACUCACCUGUGCACACCCCUCACCCUCAAGGAGCGCUUUACAUGGCCACCAGCCCCUCACCCAGCUCCCCUUCCAGGGGCAUCACUAUGAGUGGACCUCCAGGCCCAGCCUCCUUUCACCCUGGGAUGUACCUGCAGCAUCAGGGCCCUGCAAGGCCCCGGCCUGCCUCCUCUCCGCAACCUGGCCAGUCGGCCUACACGUUUAAAAUCAAAGUUUCCCCCGGAGGGCAGGCCCAGAGGCCACCCAGCUCACCUCCUGUGGCCGAAGCAGAGUCUCUUCUCCACAUCGUAGACCAAGGGGAGCAUAAUGCUGCCCCUCCGCCCAUCCUGCCCAUCUCUGCUCUACCAGGGAACGUUGCCAGUCAGUUUCAGCAAAUGCCCCGACGUUCAAGCUCAGGCUCUGAUGACUACGCCUACACACAAGCUCUCCUGCUUCACCAGCGGGCCAGGAUGGAGCGUUUAAUGAAGGAGCUGAUGCUGGAGAAGCAGAAACUAGAGCAGCUCAAGGCUGAUGUCAACAACAUGGAAUAUGACGCUCUUCAAAGACGCUUUCGAAGAGUCAAUUCAACGAGUCUUAUACCCAGACCUGAAGAAAUGACCCGAUUGCGGAGUCUGAACAGACAGCUUCAGAUUGAUAUCGACUGUACCCUGAAGGAGACAGAUCUACUGCAGUCUAGAGGGAAGUUUGACCCAAAAGCAAUGAACAACUUUUACGACAACAUUCAGCCUGGUCCAGUUGUGCCGCCUAAACCUGGAAAGAAAGAGGGGGAGCAGGGCUCCAAGCCAGUGCCGGGGCCUCAGAGGGACGAGGACUUUGAAGGCGCCCAGUGGAACUGUGAAAGCUGCACCUUCCUCAACCACCCUGCACUCAACCGCUGUGAACAGUGCGAGAUGCCGCGCUACACCUGAGCUUAGCUCUGCGCUGUAUUGCCCACCCCUGCCCCAUCCCCUGCCAAUCCUUGGAUAAUAUAAGCCACACCCCUCCAGAAUCCACAGAAUCUGUCUAGAGGUCUUCCCCUGUUAUUCAGUAUAUAAGCCCCUCUUACCUGCUGAGGAAGAGCCACUAUCCCUCUCUGCCCACUUGCCCUGCUCCGAUCCACUACUCCUGUGCACUUUGACCCUUGUUUCUGUUGGCGGAUGAUGAUUAUUUUUCCGGAGAGUUGGAGACUCUUCUCAUGGCAAAUGUAUAAAAGAGGGAGUGGCACGCUUCAACUCUGGCAGUGGUUGGGACAGGGCUUCCGAAAGGUCAAAGCGAUCGAGGUUUGAUGAGCAGGAGCUACGAUUUACCUAGCGAACAUUCCACGCAGAACGAGUGACUGCCCUGUUUACACAACUGCGCCCAUUCCUGAACUCAAAAUGGGGGAACUUCCACUUCAAUCCAGGACCUGUAACUCCCUCUCUGACAGUGGAACAAUGAAAGCAAUGGUAUAUAAGUUCUGACUAAUGCGAAAUGUAGACUGUACACUGUAUCUGGCUCUGUAUUAGAGCUCAUUUCACUGAAAGAAGAACACUAAAGACACUUGCAUACAAGUAUAUUCCUGGUACUUUUAUGCAUAUUAUGCCACCCUGUAUUAUGUGUUCAAAAGAUGUUGAUUUCCUGUGCAAAUGCCUCAACUUGCUGUACUUAAUAAAGGAGCUGAUUCUAUGUGACUUGACCAUG